GCCUCGCGAACAAGCCAUCUUGGCGCCCGGUGAGAACAGACGUUCUAAUUUCAGUCCCCGUUUGUCGCCGGUGACUCGUCGGAGAAUGCCUUUGGCGAGCCGGUGGAAAUGGGGUGCCUUCACGUCGCUUUUUUCCUUGAUUUUCUGAGGAUUCGCCUGACUUCAUGGCGUCGCUUAUUUCGGAGCUCUUGCCGUAUUUCGUAGAAACCCUAAGCAAAAGCGACUUUACUUAGCAGAGUUUUCAAGUUAUUCCAAGCCAUCUCCCGCAAAACCGAGGUCUAUUAAAACUAUAUAAUAAUCGGAGAACUUAAAGAGGGCCUGCUCUAGUUUCUGUGUCCCGAGUUUUCUACUGAAGUGCAUUGUUUUUUUUUUUUUUUUGCCAUCUUGAUUUUGUGUGAAUCGUCUGGUUUCUCUCUUCGUCCUCAAAUUUUGUACUCGUAGGCGGAGAAACGAGAAAGUUGGUUUUACUGUGUUUUAGAGAUUCGAUUAGCUUUUGGUAGUUGUGUAUUUUGACUCCCGAGUAAUUGAAAAUUCAGUUAGCGGUUUACAAAUGGAAUAGUGGAAUUGAGAGUAUUCUGAGACUCUCGAGUCAUGCCUUUUCCAAUGAAAAUUCAGCCGAUCGAUCCUCAGAUACAUGCAGAGGGGCCUAGGCUUGAGCAGGCCAAGCCUCUUGUCAAAUCGCGAUUGAAGAGACUCUUUGAGCGCCAGUUCCAUGGUGUUCUGAGAAAUUCUGCGGCGGAAAGGGUCGGCGGCGAGGAGCUGCAUUUAGCCAAGGACGCUCUUAGCGACUCCAAUGAUUUUGAACCGAGUUCGGUGUGUUUGGCCAAAAUGGUGCAGAAUUUCAUCGAGGAGAAUCACGAGAAGCAAUCCUCUCUCGUCAGGUGCGGAAGAAACCGCUGCAACUGCUUCCAUGGAAACGGUGAUGAUAGCUCUGACGAUGAAUCCGACGUAUUCGGUAGUUUUGGUGACUCCAACUAUUCUUCGACUGCUGAAGCGUCUGAAAUUCUGAAGGGUCUGGUGGCUUGUGCUAGUGUUUGUGAAAGGAAUUUGCUCGCAGACGCUGCUAAGAUAGUUGAGAAGAAUAAGAUCUGCAAGCGUAAAGACGAUUUUUGCCGAAAGCUUGUAUCUGAUGGGUUGUUGGCUAUGGGAUAUGAUGCGUCAAUCUGCAAAUCUCGCUGGGAAAAUUCUUCCUCCUAUCCAGCAGGCGAAUAUGAAUUCAUUGACGUGAUCAUCGAGGGCGAGCGAAUGCUUGUAGACAUCGAUUUCAGGUCAGAAUUUGAAAUUGCUCGGUCAACUAAGACGUACAAGACGAUUCUCCAAACUCUGCCCUGCAUUUUCGUGGGCAAGUCUGAUCGAUUGCAGAGCAUCAUAUCUAUCGUAUCGGAGGCAGCUAAACAGAGCCUGAAGAAGAAGGGCAUGCACAUCCCGCCAUGGAGAAAAGCCGAAUAUAUGAAAGCAAAAUGGCUCUCUCCUUACACGCGAACCACACCCACUAAGCUUGAGUCGCACGAAAUGAAAGAAACGUCGGGAAAGCAUCUGCCUUUGGUUGGAAGCAGCGAGUUUGGGCUGAGUAAUGGCGAAGGGAAAUCUGCUGAUGAUGAGCGUUGUGGUUCUGUGCUUUCUUUGCCUGAGUCUUCUGGGAAAGACGGUAAGGCGACGGUGGACGCAGGUUGGAAACCUCCGGCGCCGAUGCCCAAGAGCAUCCGAUCUGGGGCAAACAUCGUCACUGGCUUGGCAGCAGUCUUGGAUAACCCUUAGAACAUGAAGUUUUGAUUUUUACUUUGUUUCUUCGGCUUCUUUUUCUUAACUAAGAUGAGAGCUCAAAAUGGUAUAGCUGUAACAGUUCUAUCCCUUCUCUUUUUAUGUAAGGGGAUGAAGUUACUUUACUGAUAUGAAUGAAUUAAAUAAAACUUGAUAUAUGAUUAUAGUAAAUUUCAUAAUUCGAUUCUUUGCUUA